GUGGACGCCAUCGUAGAGAAUUAUCAGAGAUUGUUGAUUGCUCAAUGAUCCACAAACUCCCAGUUUCAUCACUUGAUGCGUAUAUAGCUUAAGAGUUGUUAAGAUGGCACAAUUGCCUCCAAAAGUGCCACACAUUUCACCGAAUUGGCCUGAAUUUUCUCACCAAAGAAUGCCUUCCUUGGACAAUUUUGAACCAAACACCACCACCCAAAAUCCAUCAUGGGUCGAUGAUUUCCUCAGCUUCUCAUCGGCCAAACACGGAUCCCACCGGAGAUCCGUUAGCGACUCCAUUGCCUUCCUUGACCCUCCAAUAGCUUCCGGCAAUGACACUGAGUUCGAUAGGUUGGACGAUGAGCAUCUCAUGUCCAUGUUCACCGACCAAAUGGUGACCAUGGACGUGGGCCCUACCGUUUCCUACUCCAACCCGUCGACGCCGUCCGAUCAUAAUAGCAUCAAUGAUGAUAAGCAAACACAACCUGAUCAGCAGGAGGUGCAAAGCUCAUGCGAAUUGGACACACAACAUGCAACACCAAAUAAUUCCAGUGACAAAAUCAUUGAUCCAAAAAGGGUCAAGAGAAUCUUAGCCAACAGGCAGUCAGCACAAAGAUCACGCGUGAGGAAGUUGCAAUACAUAACUGAGCUUGAACGCACCGUUACAUCAUUACAAGCUGAAGUGUCGGUGUUGUCGCCAAGGGUAGCAUUUUUGGACCACCAACGCUUGCUUCUAAACGUGGACAACAAUGCUCUUAAAGAAAGAAUUGCAGCUCUCACUCAAGACAAGUUGUUUAAAGAUGCUCAUCAGGAAGCACUGAAAAGGGAAAUAGAGAGACUAAGGCAAGUGUAUUACCACCAAAACCUUAAGAAGAUGGAAAUUACGAUGCCACCAUCUUCAUCUUCUUCUUCUGAUGCCAAUGCUUCGAUGAAAGAGGAGCAGCUCGUCAACUGAAAGAGAAAGAGAGGCUAUAUUGUAUGGCUCGAUCUAUUUAAUUACUCAUUAAUUCUCUCUCUACCUAGCUACUAUGGCCAAAUGAUAGAUGAUGAACCUUACAUUUUCUACCAAAGAAGUAAAGAAAAACCCAUCUGCAUGCUCAAGAUAUAUAUAUAUAUAUAUAUACACACACACACACACACACACACACACACACACACAUAUAAGACUUUGAUGUGCUUUUAUCUAUUGAAUCACAUGAAGAAAUAUGUAAUUUUGAUUCA